AUGGACCACGCCGAUGAGGCCGCUCAGCCGCCGAGGCCAAGACAGCAGCUGAGCUGCGUCCAAUGCCGCCGCCGCAAGGUCAAGUGUGACCACGAGCGCCCCUGUAAGCGAUGCCGCAUCCGAGGAUGGGACACCCAGUGCUCCUAUCCGCUGCAUGUCCCACCAGCCCCCGCCGCCCCCAGCCCGGGAAGGGCCAGUCGUGGCCGAGACUGCCGCACUGCCAGCCCUUCAAUUGCACCCCGCCCUCCCGUACCCACUUCCGCUCUGCCGCUCGCAUCCGCAUACCACUCGCCCUCGGAGCCAGCCGACCUUGCAACCCCAGAAUCGCUGUCCGCUAGCCAUGAUACCACCUACCGCUCCCUGCAUCGUCCUCCCUCCCACCCUGCCGCUCCGCUAGCCACCCCUCUCCCAGCGUCCCCCUACACCCUCCCUCGACCACCCUCUACUUCUGAGCAGAAUGCGAGUGCCUCUCUCCAACCCGCAGCCCCCACUGUGUCAGCCUCCAACCCAGCACUCGAACCAAGAGCCGGCGAAGAUCAUGCACUUUACUUGGCCAACGGAGAGACCGUCUACUUUGGCAGGAGCAGCGCACCCUGGCUCAUUUCAAAGUUUGGUACCAUCAUGUCCUACAUGCACUCCGAUCGAGCCAGCUGGCAAAAGAGCGAGCGCGUCUCUGUCAUCCGCAUCAAACGCCUGACCAGCCAGCAGCUUUUACUGGCAAACGAUCAGGAUGAGUUACCUCCCGAUGCUCUGUACUCGGAGGUCCCUACCCGGGAAAUUGCAGACUUUUGUGUUUCCAAUUACUUCCAGAGCAUUGAGAGAAUGUAUCCUCUCUUCGACGGCCCCAAAUUUCGCGCCGAGUAUGAGAGCUUCUGGGAAGCCCCAACCCAGGCAAGCCUUGUCUUCGUUGUCAUCCUGAUUCUGGUCAUCUGUGCCGGAAAUGGUACUAUACCUAACGACGAGAGGCCUAUACCUCGCUCCAGGAUCAUCAGAUGGUGGCGUUUGGGCUUGACAUGGCAAGGAGCUGCCGCCGAGACCAAUGAACGCAUGAUAAGCACCAUACAAGGAAGCUUCCUUGUGGUUCUCCUCAGGCAGAUAUACUCGCUCAGCGAAACCGCCGAGUGGGUAUCAUCCGGCGCGCUUGUCAAGAAUGCUUUGGCCAUGGGCCUUCAUCGAGACCCAAGCAAACUUUACGGCAUCCCACCUGACGAGCACGAACUGCGCCGACGCCUAUUCUACACUGUUCUAGAGUUGGAUCUGCAAUAUUGCCUGAAUGCCGGCAUGAAGCCCACUCUACGAAUCGGUGAUUGGGAUACUGCGUUGCCGACAGUCCCCAGGGAGACACGAAAUUGCUGCUCCGACAGCGGUGCCAUUUCCAUCCAAGAUCGCAUGCUGAGCUCAUUCUACACCCGCAUGAAAAUCGCAUGCUCCGUCAAUGCAAUCAUCCCUGAGGAUGACUACGACAAAGUCCUCAGCCUCAGCAACCAACUCUCCAAGUCCUUCCACGGCCUCGAAAAGGAACCACGUAAUUGCCAGACCGAAGCCCUCAGGUUCCUCCAAAACCGCUACCUCCUCACUCUCCACAUCCCUUUUGCCAUCGCCGGCGACCCCAAAUACGCCUACUCCCAAAACGUCUCCCUCGCCUCAGCUCUCUCCAUACUCGAGCAAAUCACGCCCGCCCCGGCGACGCCCGAGCAGCGCCAGCAACACGGAGCCGCCAGCGCCGGCAACUCGCCCGACGGCAGCCGCCGCAACAGUCCCAUCAGCAACGACAACAACAACAACAACAACAACCGCACGGACAACAUCUGCACAACCGCCCUCCACGCCUCGGGCAUGCUCUUCAAAAACGCCGGGCUCUACGCCGCCCUCUACCUCUGCCACGAGCUCAUCCGCGACGAGCACGACGGCACCCUCCCGCCGGGCCCUUCCCACUUCCCCGGCAGCACCAGCACCACGCCCUGCCCGCCGCCGCCGCCGCCACCACCACCAUCGGUGCCCUCACCCCCGUCUCCCUCGUCGUCCACAUCGCUGUGCUACUACCCGCCCAUCACGCCCAACCUCGUGCGCACGCUCCCGAGCGUCGAGGGCCGCGUCGUCGCCCUCAUCGAGCGCUUCGUCAAGGUCGCCGAGGAGCGCCUGCGCACGACGCAGUUUGCGGGCAAGGCCUUCAUCAUCCCGCGCAUGGUGCUGGCGUAUCACCGCAUCAGCGCCGACCCCGAGGUGCGCACGCUCGAGGAGAAGGAGCGGCGGCUGCUGGAGGCCGGGAAGGUCAUUGCUGAGAUUUGCUUUAGCAUCUUUUGCAGCAAUCCGGAUGUUGCGAAGGUUUUGUGA